AUGGAUGAAAUAAAACUUGUUGAAUCGGAUAAUGAAUUACAGUAUCAGCCUUAGACAUUAAAAAACUAGAAGCAAAUUCAGCCAAAGAGUGUUUACGAGAUGAGAGAGCAGUUUCGGUUGUAAAUUAGAAAGGAGCGAAUCGAGGAGUAAUUGGAGAAGAAGAGGAUGUGGGUUAUACCAAAAUAGAGAUUGCAGAGUUCUUAAAUGAAUUUUUCGAUAAACAAUUUAUUCAAUGAAUUCAAGAUAGUUUACGCAUAGAAGGAGAUGAAUGAAAUUUAAUAAAAACUGCAUCUGAUUGCCAAUAUCAUAGAUGACAGGAAUCGCAUACAUAGUUUGUAUUUAACAUAAAGGAAUUUCCUAUAAUUCAAGGAAUUAUUGAAUGAUGAAUCCUACUAUAUCGACACAUUUACAAUUUAUCUGUAAUUGACUUAAGAUGAGGAAUAUUUUUAAUUGCCUCUUGAUGACAUUCAGUGGUCAAUAGAGAGAUCCCUGGAGUUGCUCAUAGAAAAUAAACAAAUAGAUGAUUUGGCUAAUCUGAUAUUGGGGUAUUUGGGCAACGUCUCGAGUAAAUUAGCACAAAUCUAACAUUAUUUACUAAGUAAAAACACAGUCGAGAUCCUGUGUUAAUUAAUGAAGGACAGUUUGCUGCAUAAUAUUAGUUAUCUUAUUUAAACACUAUGUAGAAACAUUCCUGAAUAGUUCAAACCUUAAUUAAUAGUAAUUUUGAAACAUUUGAAGAUUAAUAACAGUUAAGAAAUAUUGUAAACUCUAUUUAUCAUCAACAAAUAGUGUGAUUAGUAUGACAGAGACAUUAAUUAUUUUGAAAUAUUUCAAUUACUCUUUAAUUAUUUGAAUGAAUAUCUUACCAACGAGAAUGACUUUGAAUCAUUCUAUUCUGCUCUACUCCAAAUGAAAUACUUAUCAGAUUUCCAGUAAUUGUAUUCAAUCUUCCAGCAAUUUUCUAUCUUGGAAAUUAUUAACAAGCUUAUCAAUUACAAAUACUAAAAGAUCAGAACAGCAGUCCUGUACAUUUUACAAAACCUGUGUAAAUAAGGACACAAUGUUAUCUAAUAGAUAUAUUCACAAUAGGAAUUAAUCAAAAAACUAAUAAAUAUCCUCACCACUGACAAACCUAUAAAUCAAUCCCUUGUGAUACGAUCCAUCCAACACAUUCUAAAGUACGGAAACCAAUAGGAUUUCACAGUUCUCAUCAAUCUGGGUCUUGCCAUACACUUAAAAUCUACUGUCGAAUCAGCUGAACCUUACAUUGUCUUAUAAGGAUUGGAAUGUAUAACCUCACUCAUGAAUUACGGUUUGUCGUUGUAAACCCAACAGAAUGUUCCAAAUCCUAUUCUAGCAAUACUACAAUAAAAUUAGCUCAUACAGGCUAUCGAAGAUUUGUAGUAUCAUCCAAACAAAGAGAUUUUCGACCAAUCCCAAAAAUUAAUCACAGAAUUUUUUAGAACUGAAUGA